AGAGAUAACAAUUCUAAGCACGAGAUGGAGAAAAACCCUCGCGACAAAAGUGCUCGAUUUCCAAAUACUUCGCUGGCAUCGCUCGUCACUUUCGAAAAAUCGCUAUUUGAAUACAGUGCCAUCCCCGUACUUCCUCCGCCACCGAUUAUCAAAUAUUCGGUCGUUGAUCGAAUACCACGCCAGUGUUCCACAGAAUUGUUUUCGAUGCGAAUAAUCGUCGUUUCGGGACUGCCAUAGGCGUCAUUUCGAUCGACCCAUGGAUCAUUCCGAUAGACCGCUAUCACAAGAUUUCCCUCCAAUUUCAUCAAAAGGAGGGAAGGAACUGCGGAUUUUGCGCACCUUAGUAAAGACAUGAGUGUGUAACCGUCGCGAUUCGACGAAUAGACAAGACGAAGUGGAUGAGCGCAGACUCGAUGAAGCAACGGGGCGAUUUUUUGCCAAAGAGACACGUCCAGAAUAAGACUCUUUCCUGUCAGUUUCAAAUUGUAGUAAUCUCCAGUAUAAGCAAUAGUAUUAUUUCCAUUCUCAAGGAAAAUGGAUAUUAAAGAGUCGAAAUGUUUGAGACUUUCACAGGCGCGAAGAGAAGCUUCUAGAUAGUUCCAUGU